UCCAUUUCCUCCUCUCGUAUCGUCUUCACAUUCUCUCCUUCUCACACCGCCCCUACACACAAACACACACAGCACAGCCAAAACCACCAUGGGUCGCGUUCGCACAAAGACCGUGAAGAAGUCCUCACGCCAAGUCAUCGAGCGAUACUACUCGCGCAUGACCAUGGAUUUCCACACCAACAAGAAGCUCCUGCAAGAGGUGGCCAUCAUUCCCACCAAGCGCCUCCGCAACAAGAUCGCCGGGUUCUCGACCCACCUCAUCAAGCGGAUCCAGAAGGGUCCGGUCCGCGGGAUCUCGCUCAAGCUCCAGGAGGAAGAGCGCGAGCGCCGCAUGGACUUCGUCCCCGACGUCUCUGCCAUCAACACCGAACUCAUCGAGGUCGACAAGGAGACUCUCGACAUGUUGGCCACUCUUGGCAUGGGUGACAUGCCUGGCCUCGUCAAGGUCGACCCGGUUCCCGUUUCCAAUAUCCAGACCAAUUUCGGGCGACCCGGUGGUGCUGGCGGACCCGGUAGGAGGUUCCGUGAUUAGGAGGAGACUACAAGGAAAAUGGUGGUUGUUCGUUGGAACAGUUUUGAAUGAUGGAGAACUGUUAGUUAUUUGUCGUUUUUUUUUUUUAAUGUUUUUUCUUUCAUUAUCGUUUUGACGUUGUCGUUUAUUAUGGGUAUGAUUUAGUUUCUUUUUGUUAAAGAAUGGAGAUUGUUUUAUGAAAUUCAAAUGUUUGGAAU